CGUACAGUAGUGAUAAGAUAUCUAUCCAGUAUCAACACAGUGAUGCUACUACAGUUUUGUUAUAUUUGAUAAGCUAGUGUCUUGUGGAUGAAACAUGACUGGCAAAGUUCAUUACUUAUCCUUGCUGUUUGCAUUAUGUAACUGUGAAAAUAUGGUUACAGAGAUGACUGAAAUGACUCACAUGAGACAUUUACGCCUAACUGAUGAUAGUGCAGGUAUUGCGAUGUUCACAUCUAGUGUCCUGCGAUGUGCGGUACAAUGCAACUCGUCCUGUGUGUCACUCUCCUAUCACGGAGGUACUAAAAGUUGUCGCCUCUACAACGUUCUGCUCAGUAAUGAUGCUUCAACUGCUGAAAAUGGAUGGAAGUCAUACAGGAAAAUUACAUCUCACUGUCCUACCGACCUUGGCUAUGUUUAUGUCGACACGCUUGGCUGGUGUUACCGGUUGGUCAUUGGACUAAACAUGAACAUUCCAUCAGCUACUGAUUUCUGUGAAGCUGAUGGAGCACACCUGAUCAGGAUAAGCUCCACAGAACGGCAGCAACACAUCACAGACUUUCUGCUUGCCAAUGGAAUCAGUUCGGUGUAUAUCGGGGGACGUUCUGAGAAUAAAGAUAACAACUUCGCAUACGAGGACGGGACCCCUCUAUCGUUUACGGCCUGGGACACAUCCCAGCCUGUGUCCCAAACAAGCAUCUAUAUUGAGUUGAAGGACAGUAGUUAUGUAUGGGCCAAUGGGCAUGGAACAAUGAGUCGUGACUUUAUGUGCGAGAUAUAACGGUUGUGACAAAUGUUGGUAAUUAUUC